AGCCGCCUGCCCUAUGCGUCUGCCUGUUGGAAGAGCUAGUAGCUAACAGCUGACGGUGCGGUGCUGUGCGGUUAAAACCGCACGGCUCACACGCAACGUGAAGCGGAGCGAUGGCGGAGGUGAAGGUGAAGAAGGAGGUUGAUGCUACAGACGUGGAGAACAGGAUCAAAGAGUUGUGUCGGCAGUUCCCUCAGGGAAUCACUGACCAGGUCAUUCAGAAUGACCUCCCUCACCUGGAGCCUCAACAGAGAGCCAUGGCCAUCAACAAGCUACUGUCACUGGGUCAGUUGGAGCUCAUGAGGAACAGCUCGGGCCUGCUGUACCGGCUGAAGGACGCACAACAUGGCAGUAAGAUGAAGGGUUCAGACAAUCAGGAGAAGUUGGUGUAUCAGAUCAUCGAGGACGCCGGGAACAAAGGGAUCUGGAGCCGAGAGAUUCGCUUCAAAUCAAAUCUUCCUCUGACGGAGAUCAACAAGAUCCUGAAGAACCUGGAGAGCAAAAAGCUCAUCAAGGCUGUGAAAUCUGUGGCUGCCUCCAAGAAGAAAGUAUACAUGUUGUACAACCUGCAGCCGGACCGCUCAGUGACAGGAGGGGCGUGGUACAGCGAUCAGGACUUUGAGUCCGAGUUUGUAGAAGUUCUCAACCAACAGUGCUACAAGUUCCUGCAGAGCAAGGCGGAGGCGGCCCGGGACAGUAAACAGAGCCCCAUGGUUCAGAGGAACAGCUCCUUUGCCUCCUCACAUGAAGUGUGGAAGUACAUCUGUGAGCUCGGCAUCAGCAAGGUGGAGCUUUCCAUGGAGGACAUUGAGACGAUCCUCAACACGCUGAUCUUUGACGGGAAGGUGGAGAUGACUGUGAUUGCAGCGAAAGAAGGAACGGUGGGCAGCGUUGACGGAUACAUGAAACUUUACCGUGGCGUCAACGCCAUCAUCCCGCCGACUGGCCUGGUGAAGACGCCCUGCGGACUCUGUCCGGUGUUUGACGACUGUCAUGAUGGAGGAGAGAUUUCUCCGUCUACCUGCAUCUACAUGAGCGAGUGGUUGGACUUCUGACAUCCAAACCUGGAUGUCAAAAAAUAUUUGUGAUAAGAAUUAUGUUUGCUGCUUCAGUUGUAUUUUUUUUAAUAAAAGUUGGGUCUGCCUUCAGU